AUGUCAAACACGGAGGAUAUCGCUGUCAAUAACCUAAUCAAUCCGACUUCCCAAAACUUAGAAGAAGAUGUAUCAGCUCCAAAAACUAGAUUGAGAACGAAUAAAUCCAAAUUACCUACUUUUAAGAAAAACGACAAGAAAUCUGAACAAUCAUCGACCAAACAAAUAGAAAUUGUUGAAGAAGACAAAAUUAUUGAGGAAGAAACUGAAACUGGAGACCCAAAGGGAAAAGAAAAAGAUGUAAAUUUAGGAUCAGACGACCAACUUUCAGUCGACAAAGCAGACUCAUCUGCAUCUUCGGACUUCACGAACGAUGUUUUGUUAUUAAAGAAUGAAGUACUUCUACCUGUUUCAUUCGAUCAUCCGAAUAUCAAGCUCAUUGAUAGUUAA